AUGACCGCAUCAGGCCAGCUCCCGGAGAAGAUAAUCCUCGUCACUGGCGGCUCGGGGCUUGUCGGCAGUGCCAUUCAGUGGGCGAUAGACAGUUCCUCGAGUGGCGUUGGGAAUCAGGGUGAUGGAAAAUGGAUUUUCUUGAGUAGUGCCGACGGGGACCUCAGGAACUACGACGAAACGAACGCCAUCUUUGCUAAGCAUAAGCCGACUCAUGUCAUCCAUCUUGCAGCCCGUGUUGGAGGAGUCUAUGAGAAUAGUCGACGCAUGGCCGAUUUCGUCCGCGACAACGUCUCUAUUGACCAGAAUGUAUUGCGUGUGUGCCAGGCACGAAACGUGGAGAAAGUAGUAUCCUGCCUGUCGACCUGCAUCUUCCCCGACAAGACCACAUACCCCAUCACCGAGGAAAUGCUCCACGACGGCCCUCCGCACGCGUCAAACUACGGCUACGCCCACGCAAAGCGCCUUCUACACAUCCUCAGCCUAGCGUACCGCCAACAAUACGGCUGUCGCUUCACCUGCGUCAUCCCGACCAACCUCUAUGGCCCGAACGACAACUUCAGCGAAGGCUGCCACUUCAUCCCCGGGAUCAUCAAACGGGUGGCGUCUGUGAUGGAGAAAGGGGAAGACGGGCCCCUUUCGACGCUCGUGGUGCCCGGCAGCGGGCGGGCGCUGCGGCAGUUCCUUUAUUCCAGAGACCUGGCGAAAAUGCUGAUAUGGGCAUUGUGGAACUACGAUGCGCCAGAGCCCUUGAUUGUCUCACCCGAUCCAAACCAGGAAGUGUCGAUUAAGGAUGUUGUCAGCCUGGUAUCGGAACUGAGUGGGUUUGGGGGUCCGAUCGAGUGGGACACCAGGUGGACGGAUGGACAGCUGCGAAAGACAGCCGACAACGCGAAGAUGCGUUCUGUGAUGAAGGACUUCGAGUUUACAGCAUUAGAACAAGGUCUGAGGGAAACCAUAGCAUGGUACAACGCCAACCAGGGUCGCAUUCGCGGAGUAGAGCUAUUGGAACAGGCUCGUGUUUCCAAGGCCCUGAUAUGA